CGGAGCUUCCCCUGGCGGACAACAACAACAAUACUGCGACCACCAACGCCUGUCUCCUGCCCUCCUUACCGCGCCCGGAACUCCUGCAUCUGGGCCAAUUGUGCGCGCAGGAGCUCCCUAUCACGACAAUAGGAAUGGCCGACCUAACUGUAGGCUGUGUGGUCACCCUCAAUGACGGUAGGCAGGCCACCGUCCGGUUUGUUGGGAGUACACGCUUCGCCACUGGCGACUGGGUCGGCGUUGAGUUGGAAGAUGGAGAUGGAAAGAAUGAUGGCUCUGUGCAAGGGGAACGCUAUUUCGAGUGUGAACCAGGAUACGGGAUGUUCGUUCGUCCAUCCAUUAUUACAGCAAUCGUUGAACGGCCGGUUCGAGCAGCGAAACCGGCUGCCAGACCUGCCGCUCCCGCACAGGGCAGAAGUCGCGCACCAAGCGGUCUAUCUGCAGGUCCGGGUUUGCGCAGGCCAGGUUCCAUAUCUUCUUUGAACACCAAACGACAAAGCGUCGGGGCUUCUAGCCCGACACCCGUACCGAAAGGCGCCGCUCAGCGGCUCUCUUUGAUGUCCCCGUCAAGAUCGCCUACAAAGCAGCUCAGCACCUCAUCAACGCCCGCUUCUGGUCGGUCGUCCGGCACCACCACCCCGCGACCCUCCGCUGCCGCAACCAAGGCUCGGCCGACAAGUACAAAGGGCCCUAUGGGUCCUCCUCCGCCUCCCUCUGCUGCCCCACGAGCCGCUCGAACAUCUAUAUCUGGGUCGGGGAUCAAGGGAAAUAGACAGAGUUUCCAAGGGCCAACAGGGUCUACACCGGGAAUGUCGAAGCGGCCAGCUUUGCGACCGACGGCUUCUAACAAUCGGACAUCAGAAGAGCUCACAAGCCCGCCAGCGGACGAUUCCGAGCCAAACUCUCAAGAUGGAUCUAGUGAUAACCCCGAGACCGCGGAUUUCGCGCCCAAAGCUGCCAAACCCGCUCCAGCCCCCGGGCGAACGGCGUCCACCCGUCCAUCACCCGCUCCGGUUGCGCCGCAACGGUCUGUCUCGAAUAGUGCGGUGAUCAGGGAGCUCGACGAGUUGAAGACCAAGCUGAGAGUAAUGGAGAAGAAACGAGCUGAUGACCGGGAGAAGUUAAGAACGCUGGAGCAGCUGCAGUCGGAGCGCGAUAAAUACGAAGGGAUUAUCCAGAAGCUACAAGCAAAAUAUCAACCACAACAGCUUGAGAUCACAGAGUUGCGCAAAAAGCUAAAAGAAGCUGAAGCCAGAGUUGAAGAGAUCGAAAAGCUCCAAGCCGAGCACGAGACGUUGAUGGAGAUUGCGACUCUUGACCGCGAAAUGGCGGAAGAGACUGCCGAUGCGCUCAGGCAUGAAUCCGAAGCCCUCAGACUCAAAGUUGAGGAGCUGCAGCUAGAAGUUGAGGUGCUGCGAGAGGAAAAUGAGGAGCUUGGCCAAGUCAUGAGCCCAGAGGAAAAGUCUAGCCAUGGAUGGUUGCAGAUGGAAAAGACAAAUGAAAGACUCCGAGAAGCCCUCCUCCGUCUUCGUGACAUGACUCAACAGCAGGAAUCAGAGUUGAAGGACCAAAUCCAGGAGCUCCAGCAGGAUCUGGAAGACUACUCUGCUAUUAAGUCUCAGUAUGAGGCUACCAAGGAAAAGCUAUUGGUUUCCGAAAAUAAUGUGGAAGACCUGAAGCAACAGCUCGAGACGGCUCUUGGUGCCGAAGAGAUGAUUGAAGAGCUGGCCGACAAGAAUAUGCGGUAUCAGGAGGAGAUCAAUAACCUCACCGCGGCAAUCGCAGAUCUAGAGGAUUUGAAGGAGAUCAACGACGAGCUAGAAUGGAACCAUGUCGAGACGGAAAAGCAGCUACAGGAGGAGAUCGACCACCGAAAAGCCCUCUUUACUGAACAAAGUCGCCGAGUCCAGCAGCAGGAUGAAGUCAUUGAGGAUCUGGAAUAUACGCUGACACGCUUCCGCGAGCUCGUUUCAACGCUGCAAGCAGACCUGGAGGAUAUGCGGGCCUCGCAACAGAUAACGGAGGCUGAGGCUACCGAUCUCACUGCGCGGUCCAGAGCAAUGAUGGACUUGAAUCUCAAGCUGCAAUCAUCAGUCGCGAAAGCACAGACAAAGACGAUUGACAAUGAGCUCAAGCGCAUCGAGGCCGAUGAAGAUACGCAGCAUCUCUCCAUUGUGAAGCUGUAUCUGCCCGAGUAUUAUGAGACUGAGCGAAACUCUGUUCUCGCACUUUUACGCUUCAAACGGGUCAGUUCUAAGGCGUCUUUAAUGAGCAUGACAGUCGAUGGGAUGGUCACUGAGCAAUCGUCAACCCUUGCCGCGGAGGAUGUGUUUACAGCCCAGGAUAUCCUUGAGAAACUUCUCUGGAUAGCUUCUAUUUGCAGUCGAUUUGAGAACUAUAUCUCCAGCUGUUCUGCAGAAAGCUUCGGCAGCAUCCAAGGCUCGCUCUUCGAACUGGAACCUGUGGAACGCACGCUGAACUUCUGGCUCGAGGGACUGAAAAAGAACGAGCUGAAUAUGAAAAAGUGCGCUGUGGAGCUGCAACGAUCCAUUGCUUUGCUCUCCCAUCUUGCGGAAACCCUCCUUCCGACAUCUUUGGAGACAUUCGCCGACGAACUUUGCAUGCGCUCAAAGCUGACAUACUCUUACAUCGAAAAUGCAGUGUCCUCAAUGUCGCGGCUGACUCUAUUGCUGAGGUCCAAAUUACCCAAGUCUGAGGACCCCGAUGAGGAGGCUGCUUUCCUCUUCGGUAAGAUGGACGAUUUCGUCUCCCAGGCUCGCAGUCUAAAGGUUGCAAUGGGAAAGAUUCGCCGCGCCGUGAGUGACUUGCAAGCGCGGUCUCUUGCUCUUUCGCACGACGCUUGUGGCCCAUUUAAGCAAGCGGAGGACUCCGCGAAGGAUCUUUCGAGUCUAUCUCGCCAGUUGGGAGAGAACAUUGUUGUACUGCUCAGCGACGAAAGCCGUGCGGAGCCGAUUACUUUGCCUGAGAUCUUGACGAACAUGUCACAGAUUUCUAAUCUUUACCAGUCUUCAGAGGCGGGGAGCGAAAACACUGACACUAUGUCAUUCAUUUUCACCAUGUUGCACGGCCUCAGCGGCACUCUAGAAGAGCUCGGCUCUAUUUCGUCCGACCUGUCCAUUACGUCCGAAUUCGAGAAACGGCCCUUCCCGUGGAUUGUGCGAGCUGCAGAGCUCAAGUCCAACAAAGUUAACUCUCCAGAUGCCGAGGAUGAGAUUCGCCGACUGAAAAACGAGAUCCAUGAAGCGUCUACUGCACUUGGGGUUAAAGACAAGACGAUCGAGGAGCAAACCAUCAAAGUCGAGCUAGUGGAGUCGCGCAUGCGCGAAGCAAGUAAGAAAGCAGCCGCUGUGAAGGACCUGGAAGCCAAAAUCGAGGAGAUGACGGCGCAAGAGACAAACCUCAAAGCCACUGUGGAAACUCAGCGCAAGGAUCUGCAAGCUAUUGAGGCCGAGAGGGACGAAAUCAAAGGACAGCUUGAGCGGCUCAAGCGCAUGUCCGGAGCCGGUGGAGGUGUCUCUGCGGCUACCGGCGUUGUCGUCGACAAUGCUGUCUCUCUGGCCGCAAUGAAGGAAAACGAAGCACUACGAUCAGAAGUACAGAGUCUCCAGGCCGCCGUGCGUUUCCUUCGCGAGGAGAGCCGCCGAGCCACCAUCCUCGACCCCUACUCGGUGCAACGGUCAGCAGAACUGUACGCCUGGUUGGAUGCACCACUUUCCCAGAAAUCGAUAACAACGCCUCAACGCGAGAAGAUCCAGCAGUCCGCCUCCGAAAGCCGCGAUGUUCUUGCUCACCUCCUCAAGCUGACCCAAGAGUCCAGUCCUUGCGACCUCAAAUCCACGCAUAACCGCACCGGCUGGCGCCCUGCAAAGGAGAAACUGCGAUACCAGGUCCUCCAACAACGCGAGGAUUUCGAACGCUGGACCGAAUGGAAGGCUGAAGUUGUCGGCCAUGAACGCGAGCAGGAUAGGAUGGUCGCCGCCAAAAAGGAAAGAAUCGCCCGUCAGCAGGGUCACGCCUCUAAGCCUUCUAUAUUCGGCUUUCCCCAGGGACUGGGCCAUGGCACGAUGGGCCGUGCUUGGCAGAUACUCGGCAUGGAGCAGGACGCGCGCAAGACUGCAAUCACGGAUCCACCUGUCGAACUAACUAUAGCUUCGUUGCCUUGAUUUGUCAAUCUGUUUGGGGCAUAUGACUCUAGUCCACCGUUUGAAGAGGUGAAUCGUCUCGGUCAGGAAUCUAUCUACUGUUUAUAAGCAUAUCUGUACACACUUAUACCCAUAUUUACUUUUGAUGCACAUAGCCUGGAAUAUCAGUUGCGUAUUGGAAUCUCUCGCCAGAGAGAACCAGAAUUGGCUCCAUGUAUGCUCUGCCGUUACCUCUUGCUUCGCCUUUUCUGUCCCUCUCGUUACUCCUUCCGCACUCCUCCCUUUCCCACUCCAUCAUCUCGCGGUGUUCAAAUGCCGCCAAUUCAUUCUCUUCCGGCCAGACUUCGUCGUCAAAAUGAGGUUUUCACAACGGAUCACCCUCCUAGAAUAGCCAGUCUAGCCUUCGUUAACAGACACCCUGCUUGGAGGUUUGUGCGCCGUCUGAGAGUCUGGACAACUGGAACAUUGCACCUGCGAUAGAACACAUUUAUGCAGGUGAAAUGUCGUUUGCGUAGUUUCGUUUAUGUAUAAUAGAGGUAGUGCAGUUGAACUUGUGGAAACGAUUGUUAGAAAUGCUCGAAAAAGUCUACCAGAAGGGUGUUUCAAGACCUAAGUUAAGAUAAAUAGGGCUAAUGUUUGUGGGACUUGGCAUCAUUCAUAUAAUUAUGAUUCCAGUCAUCAUCUAUCUACAUAAUGAAGUGGAAAAAAUAAAGUCUCCUCAACUAACGAAUAUGGGCACAAAUGGCAAAAUAUAAUGUAUGUAUGAUAUAUGGACAUACUCGAUACCAAGAUACGCAAGUAAUGUACUCAACAGUCAAGACCAAUAUAGAGAAAACGCCGGCUCAAAGACUCUUCAGACAUCUGAUGUGAGAAGGAUGCAAAUAUUAGAUGGAGUAGGUGGUUAGACAGGUAGUAAUUCGAAGAAAGACCCCUUUUUUAUACAAAUGUCAUAACUCGAAUAAGAAGAGGGAGAAAAAAGCUGGAACGCUGGACCAAGCUAAUAUAGCGAUAGCGGAGUGAAUCAGAGAUUGCCCGAUAAUAUGGCUUCCGUGGCUGCAGAGUUCGAGUUAGUAAUUGUCCAAAUAGUCUAAAAAUAGUGGAUGACGAAAGCUUACCAGAGUUGAUAUACGGCCUCUUUGCAUCGAGAUUCACCCCGAAGCGCCUCUCGAGCUCCAGCUUGAUGCUCUUCUUCGUGACGGUCAUGAGAUCUGCAGUGCGGAGGAUAUCGCGGAUCUCCGAAAGGAUCGCGUCUUCGCUGGGCGCGAGAGACAUGCGAGAAGUGUAGCGAGGCAGUUCGAGCUGCGACAUUGGGCGUGUUGCACCGAAGCCGUACUCGGACUGAGGCGGGUGGUACUUGGUGCCGUAGGAGAUGCCGGAGAUCUCGGAGCGGUCGUCUCGCGAGGUCUGCGCUUCCCAGAGUUCGGCUUGGUACUCUUCCCACCUCUUCUUAGGGAUAGAGGCUGGAUCGAAUUUGCCUUCGUCUGAAAUGACGAUCUUCUGACCCUUUUCACCGGUAAUGAUACGCGUAUUGCCCCAACUGAAGUCGUCCAUGUGCCAGAAUGAAUAGAGAGGGAGAGCCAAGGCAUACACAGGCAUGGCAAUGAUGUAGAUAAGCAUCCAGCCGAUCAUUUCCCACUUCCUGCGGAGAAUGAAGAUAAUGCCUUGUAGACCAUAGAUAGCCGCGAGGAGAAGGAACGAGGUCCACGGAAUAGUAGACGUAUCGCGAACAAGCCAGACAAUGAGGUACACGAUAUAGGCGAUGGUCACGGGCAUAAUGAUCGUACUGAUAAGAUCAAUGAAAACAACGAAUCUCAUACUAAAGCAGCAGAAACCGCAAAGUUGUUGGAGGGGAAUGAGUUCGACCAAGUUGUGCACAGUAGAGUUAAUCCAACGACGACGCUGGGAGAGGAACACAGCCCAGCUUUCUGGAGCGAUCGUCCACGCCUGUGCCCGGAAGAUGUACUUGGUCUUGAACUUGGGAUGAUGUUUCAGGAGCAAAGUUGUCAGGUAACGAUCCUCACCGAGGUGCAGCAGGUUCUUCAUAUGCAGGGUGUCGACACGGAUCUCAGAGUAGGAUUCCACAACCUCUUUGCUGACGAAAAGCGGCUUUCCGGUCUCGGCGGAUCGAAUACGGUACAUGGUGAAACAACCGGGCAAACAAGUGACGGACCCGAAAAGACUCUCGAAGGCCUUGGUAAGGUUGUGGGAAAUGUAGUAUUCAUACACUUGAAUCAUGGUCACUGCAGAGGUUUUGGCGUUCGUUAGGGAAGUUUCACCACAGACACCAAUGAUGCGCGUAUCGUUAAGACACGAAGAGACCAUCCGUGUGGCGGCAUCUUGGGCAACCACGGUAUCGGCGUCGACCUGGAGGAUAAACUCGUAGAAUGUGGGAUUGACUCCGAUAAUGUUCCGGAUCUGGUGAUGCAUCUCGAGCUCCAUAGGGCUCAUAGGAAGGUUGUAGUGGACACGGUUGAGGAAACGCAUAAGGACCAUCUGGGAAUCACGCUUGCCACGGUUACCGGGCCGCGAGACUUCGGAGGGCUUUCCAACCUUGACGACAACGAGGAAAGGAACGAUAUGGCCCUGGACCUCGUACAAGCCCGAAUACACUUUCGCCAUGUUGUGCUGUUUCAUUCCUUCACCCAAACUCUCAAAGCUGAGUGGCUCUGGGUCGACAGAUUCAGGAACUCCCAAAAUGUCCAGGACAAUUCGAGGAGUCGGACGGUCGUUGCCUUGACCAAUAAUCAUACCGUCACAGAUGAUAACAAGCAGCUUGCGUUUAUCGUCGUAUCGCAUACGAGCCAUAGAGUCUAUCGCACGGCGCAGAGAUUCCUCGUCUUCAGUAUACGCUGGAACCUGACAGAUAAUGAAUUUGUCCAAAUUCUCUGGCAAAUUCUUCUUUCCAAAUUGCAGGGCCGCGAAGAACUUGAAGAGAACGACCGAGCAGAUAAGGAUCGAGAUUGCAAGGAUGAAGUAACGCGCAAACUGACACUGGGUGGAGUUUCGCGUAUCGACAUGACCGACGAUGAAAAGAUUGUCCAGGCAGAGCGUCAUAUCUUGGCGCAGUUUAGGGCUCAAAGGUAGACGGUUAUACAAUUGUGUUAUGUCUUGGCCUGACUUCUGCUGGAAGAGGUCAACGACUAGAGGUUCCAUGAAGUCGGUGUCAAUGCCAGCAGGAAUGUCUUCACCCUCGAUCCCUUGGAUCCUUCGACCUCCAGUGACGUAUGCUGUCAAGUCAUAGACCUUUCCGUUGAUACUUGCGAUACUCUGUGACUUGUCGGCUAGAGUGUGCAAGUACUCAGAGCUAUAACCGAUCCAGCCUUUGUAAUAAUUGGAUCUCAGAUACUUCAUCUGCUCGGCGUACCAGUCUUUGCGAAGGUCGCCAGUAAAAUACCUGAAGUCGUGAUACACGGAGUUAGGGUCCCCGGCGCUAGCUGAAGGAAUGGAGCCAGAAAAGUUUGUAGACCUGUAGUCAAGUAGAACCCUCGGGUCGAUGGAGCCAUCUUUACCCAAACACAAGGCUGAUACUUGAACCGGGAAGAGCGCAGUUGAAUCCUUUCCAGCGUAUUUCUCCAACGCAGAGUCAGGGACAAUACCCGGGAAGUGGGCGGGAAUAAAUUCACCAAGGUUCAUGACCAUACCGCGAAUGGAUGUGUACGCACUGUGGCCAUCUUUACCAUCGUGCGACGACAAUUCCGCGGCGGAGAAGACGUGUUGCGUGGGGCAAAUAAGCAUUGGAAAUCCAACAAUGAUGAAGAUGGCGAUGCCACAGCACAGCCAGAUAAGGAGGUUGAUUGCGAACUUCUCACGCCAGGCGACUUGAACAUCCUUGCGUUUCAUUCGACCGAUGUAGCGAAUGGCAGGAGUUGGGAUGUAGAAAGUGAGCAACCAUACGAGAGCCAUCCAGCGCUUCCGGCUGCCGGAAACAGGAAGUUCAUCGACCUCUUCCAUUUGCUUCUCGUUCCCUUUCUCAAGCAUUUGCUCCCUUGUUUCCAGGUUCCGGAACAUAUCGCCAGAGUUGAACGCAGAGAGUCCAGCAUCGGAGCGUCCAUCGAAGUCGCGACUCGCGUUAGAUCCCUGCUUGGAUUCAUCGCCGUAGAUAUAGGCGCCAGGUGAAUGAUCCGCGGGGUUUAGGAGGCGCACCUUCGAGUCCGCGUAGGUAGCAGUCCGAGGAUGAAGCAUCGCGUCGCCACCAUCAUCUUCCGCGGCAUAGGAAGGAAUGACACGCUCUCCAACCUUGGCGAGGUCUGCCCAGCAUCGUUCGCUCAGGAAGACUCCUGUACUGCCAACCCUAGCCUCAUUCCCGGGCCAGCGCUUCUCGUCUAAGACAACCUCGGACUUCUCCUUAUCACUGCCAACCACGACAUUGCCGACUUCCGCGAGUCCAAGGAACUCAGCAAAGGGUAGGAAGACGCUGAAGUCGGCAUUCCGGAGCCGUUGGCUGAUCUCUGCGAUCCCCAGGGUUUGCACUUGUGCCCUCACACACUUGCUGUCAAAUUGAUUGGCAAUCCGCCGGUCGUUUGGCUUUAGACAGAAAACAAAGUAAGGGUUCAAGUUGUUGGAGCUUAGGCAUUUGUUCACAAUGUCAAGAGACGAGAGGAACUGCCCAGCGGCACCUUGCAUACCACCCAUGAGCAUCCCGCUCUUCUUUUUAGAUGAGUUUUUGGCGGAGCUCCCGGUUUGACUUUCUGACUCGUACGGAUCUUCUGGUACUGGAACAUCAAAUGUGAGGCGCGAAGGGGGGGUUGUUUUCCGUCUGGCCAUGCUAGGCAUUCGCAGAGGCUUUGAGCUCACUUGAGCUUGCAUGAUUGCCGUUUUCUCCUUCGGGUGAGUCACUGUUUGCAAAGCCUCUUGGCCAAAGAGCUCUCUAACAAAAUCGUUCCGAGCAGAGUUCAUCAGGUUCAUCAAAUCUCCAGAGAUAACUUCCCCGUUCUCUUCCAGAAGCCCUGUAGUCGAGUAGUCAACCUCGCCAGCAAAAUGCUUGACGGUAAACGAGGUACGUGCAUUCUGUGAAACAAGACCGUAUCCAGAUCCGGAUCCUGAGCUUCCGGCGUUGAUGGCAGGAUUCUUGUUAUCGAAACGUCUCCGCACAGCUUCAAGGAAUUGAGCAUCCGUUCUCCCGCGCCUCGUCUGAUCAUCCAAGAUACUGAGUAGACCGUUUCCUUGUUUCAGGAGACCACGGACUGCAUCAGUGUUGUCGAAAUAACUAGUCGCAGGAACGGCAACCUCCUCACGUUCGAGCAUAUCGGCUUUGCGAUCGAAAAACGAGCGAAGGCAGAAGUUGUAAAGGGACUCGAUAGCUGCGUUGUUAAGCAGCUGAUCGAGUGUUGAGCCUGUAGAACAAGCCUGGGCAAAUCCGGGGAAGUCAACAAUCGAUACAGUGUUGGCGACACUGUCUUCGGCAGCGCAGAUUCUCUGGUUGACGUUUUCGAUCACAUAGGCAACUAGAAGUGAGUACAAAAUGCGUGAGAGCUCGUCAGCAUUUUGCCGAGCUCCUUUCGGAUCAAGCAUGACAGUAACACGCUCCCGGUGGAUGGUCUUGGUUCGGUAACCGAAGCUGGCCUCCAACUCUCCAAUUGGGAGACCGAGGAAAGCAGCGACUAUAGAAAGAACUUCCUUGUUUUUCACAAUAGUAACUGUCUCGCCGCCUUCGUGGGAAUACCCACCAGACUCCUCAGCGCCGGUCAACGUAGCUUGACCAGUACCAAACUCAAGCUGGCCAAUGUGAAGGAUCGCAGCCAGUAUUUGGCAAAUCUCAGCAAUCUCACUCCGGGGGAAUUCCAGUUUUCGAAGUGCCGUUUUGAAAUGCUGGAACCCUUCCGCAUCGUUGAUUCCCACUUUAAGCUGCGUUGGGUGGCCCAGGUAUCUCCAUCUCUUGUGGUUAGCCGACGAGAGCCUGCCACCAGCAGUUGUAACGUGGAUAGGACUAUCCAAUCCCAAAUGUUCCUUUUCCGCGGCACUUGUGCCCGCAAGUAAGUAGUAGAGGACAUGGAAGCUUCGUUCACCAGUGGGGACGGAAGCGAUUCGGCUUCGCUCGAGUCGAUGAUCGAUAAUCUUACCACCGAUCAACGUAGGUGUAACAGACGAAGAUCCAUCAUACUGCAGCUCCAAGAAGAGGCCGGCCUUGGAGGCGGUGGGCGUGGUUAAUGACUUUGUUGUAGUGAGUGUGUCGAAAAUAAAGGCGGCAUAUGACAACUUGGACGACAACGGAGUGGAUGAGAAUGAUAAGAAGGAAGAAAGCAGGUGUGAGCGAAUGGUCGUUUUUCCAGAGCCACUCUCGCCU